CGUCGUCAGCCCACGUAAACAUAACAUGUUCACAGUUAUUAUUUUUCAAUAGCGAUUUUAAACCUGUGUCAACUAGUUUAACAAUCAAGUUCUGACGCUAAAAUACACCAAGUGCGGUACCAUAAAUAUUUGUGUUAAAUCUUACUUAAGCUACAUUAACUUGUGCCACUAUCAGUGCAAGUUCACUCAGUCUAAUUCCUUGAUAAGGUACGACAAUGACAUCCACCAAAGACAGCAACAGUGUGAACAAUAAUAGUGGCAAAAAAUGGUCACAAAUUCUCGUCGUUGUCAUUGCAACCAUUGCUACUUUCACCACCGGUCUUCACGUAGGAUGGCCGGCGCCCUCAUUACCUCAACUAUUUUCCGAUGAGUACCCUUUCGACGUUUCGGCAGAAGAAGGCUCCUACAUAACUAUAAUCGGAAGCUUGGGGGCCUUCUUUGGAAGUUUCGUCGGACACUUUAUCCUGGACAAAAUCGGACGUCGACGAUGCAUUCUUCUGAUAGGUCUUCCUCAAAUAAUCUGUUUCCUGUCAAUUAUAAUGUCGUACCAAGUCAUGGAACUUUUGUAUGUGGGUCGCUUCCUGGGUGGAUUAGGAGAGGGAAUGGUUAGUACCAUUAUUCUUCUCUACGUGGGCGAAAUAGCAGAACCUUCGAUCAGAGGGAUUCUGGGUGUCAUCACCGGAAUCGCGUGGUACUCGGGUAUACUCUUCGCAAACAUCGUAGGAUCCUACUUAACCAUACGUACCACAGCGUCAAUUUUCAUCGCGUUUCCGGUACUCUUCAUCAUUCUAUUUUGGAGGAUGCCCGAAAGCCCGUACUACCUCCUCAUGAAGAACGAAGACGAUAAAGCCGAACACGCAUUAAAGUUUUUACGACGAAAAUCAAACGUGGUUGAAGAACUGACGAAACUGAAGGCAGACGUAAAUCGACAGAUGUCCGAAACUGGUACUUUCAAAGACAUUUUCGCUAUCGACUCAAACAGGAAAGCUUUCUUGGUAACGAUAGGUGCCAGAUUUUUCCAGUUAGCAACUGGAGUCGCUGCGAUGAAUUUCUACCUUCAGAUUCUCCUAAAAGAAGCCACUCAGAGUAUAGCACCACAAAUCGGUGCUUCCAUAGUUCUUCUAAUCCAGCUCGUCAUGACGGUUAUCAGUGUCUUCAUUAUAGAUAGGUGGGGUCGCAAACCCCUUCUUCUCUUGUCUAUCACAGGCUGUUUUGUCAAUUUGUCGUUCCAAACGAUUUUCUUCAUCCUCAAAGAACACACCAGUGUUGAUACUUCAGUUGUUGACUGGUUCCCGUUGAUGAUGAUGAUGUUAAAUAUUUCUUUGUUUUCGUUAGGGUUAGGAUCAGGUGUUAGUGUUUUAACAACCGAGAUGUUUUCGGCUAGUAUUAAAGCGAAACUGAUUUGUUUGGUGAACGGGUCGUACGCUUUGAUGACUUUGUCGUUUACUAAGUACUACCAAGCGACGGCUGAUGGGUUUGGAUUGACCAUGCCGUUUUCGAGUUUCGUGGUGUUGUCUUUCGUCGGAGUGUUAUUCUUUUAUUACCUCGUACCUGAGACUAAAGGGAAGACGUUGGAGCAGAUUCAGCAGAGGUUAAAAGGGGGUCGGAAGGAGAAGAAGGUCAAAAAUUUGGUCUAGAUUUUAAUUUUUUUUUUAUAUUUACAGAAAUAAAUACUAUUAAAUGAAAAAA